AUGUUAGACUGUAUUAACAUUGAUGAAUGUAUUCCAGAAACAGAGGGUCUCAGUAGCGGCUGCGAGGCGAGUGGAGUACGAGAGGAAAUAGCAAGAGACUACGCAGCACUCCAAUCCAAAUUGAGAAGAGAGUUCUCAGACAGGCGAGGGAAACUGUACGCAGCCGCUCGUCCUGUGGCUACCGAGGAGCAGUUGUCAGCAGACUUCCGCAAGAAGCUUGCUGAGUGGCAGCUUAAGAAGGGAGUCAAGCAGCCACUACCCAUCCCAGCCAGACAGGAUCUUAGCGAGGACUUCCUAAAGAGAUGGGACGAAUGGAAACGCAUGAAGGAGACGAAUUCAGUACCAGCCUGGGAAGAGGAAGCUAAACCUGAUGAGGUGCUGGUACAAACGUCUACAGGACUCUUUAAAUUUCAAGGUAUAUCUCGAUCAUUCACCCGCAAGUUACAUGAAUGGGAGAAGUCUCGUGGAAUUGCUCCAGAAGCCUCCACAUCAGCUCUCCUUCGAGCAGCAAAGGCCCGCACCAGCAAAGUUCCCCAGGCACCUCUCACCAGGACCCAGUCUGAUGGAAGCGUGGCUCCAUCAACUGCUGGAUCCGGUAGACUCCAUGCUUCAAGUCUCAGUGUCAACGAUGCUGAUGAUUUCGAUUCAGAGUAUGAGAGGGAACAUUCUCUUGAUGGCCUUGACGAUUGUGAUGGUCCAGAGACCCGAGGAGCUGUUCUUGUAGAAGUGGAAGAUGAAGAAAUCUGUACAGCAGCUCCCUUGGUUGCUGUGUCUCCUCGCCAUACUCCUCAGAAACCUGUCUACACUUACGGACAGGCUGAAGCUAGGUUGCUGUGUGAAACUAGCUCUGCAGUCACAGGAACUGCUGUUCUACAGCCAAAUGGAGCUGUGAUCUUAUCCGAUGCCCGUAGCGUGAAGUCAAAGGAGUCAUCUGGUGCGAGACCAAAAACUCGAGAACAGAACAAACACUCAGAGAAGGGCAGAAGGAAGAUCAUGAGACAACCGAGCAUAGAAGAAGAUGCCAUGUUCAUCAGAAAAACUAUAGAAGAAAUAGAAAGAGGAAGUUCUAGUCGCUUUAGAGAAAGAGAAGCCACUGAUAAUGAAACUCGUCACAAAAGUCCCGAGAGGAUCUCACCAGUUUUACAAAGAAAAGAAAUAGACAGAGAUUAUAGUCCAAAAGUCAAUAAACAAAAAGAUAAUGAUAAAGAAAGAAUUAUUGAUGCCAAAGAUAGAGAUAGUAUUGAAGAAUCCAAAGAUGAUAGCAAAAAGAAAGAUUCAGAAAAAACUAAUGGUAAAAAGAAAACUAAAUGUAGAGCCAGGCUAGAGAGGGAGCAGUCGAAGCCUUCAGAAAGUGACACGGAACUUGAGGUCGAUACUGUAACAGUGGAGAUACCGAGAAGAAGAAAACGACCACGACGUGCAUCUGAGAAGCCUAGAACACCUCCAACUUCACUGCACUCAGAUUCUGAGGGUGAAAUAUUCGUCCUCAAACUAAAAGCACCAGAACAACGUGACCAUUCUCCAGAAGUCAUUGUGAAAACCACUCGCAAAAUAUUCUCUCCAGUAGUUCGUAGUGGAGAGUCCGUACCCAGGGCUGUAAUACCAGUAAACGUUGAAGAUCUUGCUGAAGUCAGGCCUUUAGAACAUCGAAAUGAAGGAAAGAAGAAAGAGACCAAAUCAGAAAAGGUUAAACCAGAAAAGACUACACGUUCCAAAAGUUCUGGUGACCUGCAAGAGGCUGAAGAGUUGAAGAAGAGGACCAGGCCACCACUGCCAUCUUCACCUUCAUCACAAAGAAAGCCACAGCCUCCAAAAGAAACCGCACCGUCCAUCCGGAUUAUGAUACAGCGUUACAAUAAGAAGAUCAAUGAGGAAGGACAUACAUCGCCAGUCAGCAGUGGAGCAUCUUCACCGGCCUGGAGAUCACCCUCCACUGAACGUCGAAGACCUCCCGAUAUGCCUGUGGGUGUAAACAUCAGAAAUAACCCAUUCCUCGAGAGGGAAGUCCAAAAAUCAGCGAGCGCCUGUCAACUGUCCAGACGCGAUGCUACUUCAGCGGAGAAGCGCCUGACACCAGCACCUGCAGCAGGACUAGAUGGUGUUUUAAAAUCCCAUAGUGCUAAUGCCUUACACCCAGAGAAAACAGGCAGAGAUAUAGCUGACACUUCAAGUAACAAGAAGGAAGACAGUCAAGAAACAAUAAUGCCCACAGCUAGUACUGACACUAUAGUACCAAACCCAAGAAUUCAGCCAGAAACCUCAUCAACUGCUGAAUCUCUGCCAGCUUUGAGACAUGUAUCUGAUGUCACAGUCCCUACAUUCAGCAGCUACAUGUCUGGUGAACCAGGGCUAUUCGGGAGGUCUAUAUCUACCGUGGAAACUAGUAAUUUCCAGGAUUACGAAGCUGCAGCAGCCACGUUGUCUGAAAGAGCUGCGAAGAUUCGUGCUGCAAGGGAGAGGUUUUUAGCUUCGACGGUGCCUAUGAGGAGGGAAGGUACCAGUUCUGCGAGCGAUUUGAGGCCUGGAGACAGGUCGAGUAGAAUAAGUUGCGAGAGUGACGUCACAGAAUCCCAAGGCUCCAGCACCCAGGAAUCUGCGGCGUUGGGCCGGAGUGCUUCCACGGGGAUGGUCAACGUGGACAGAGAGGCUUGGCAAAGAGUGGCUGAAGGCUCCCGUCGGGAAGGUCGGUCCCGCUCCCGAUUCAGCCUGGCCCGCUUGGCAGCUAAACUGCGGCGACGUGACGAGGGCGGUGCAGUAUCCCGUCUCUGCCGCCAAAGUCUGCUAGUCCAGCUCAUCAAUAAACAUUAAAAUAUACAUUAUACUGUACGCAUUGUA